AUUGCUCGUCGGAUUGCGGUUAUUAGGUAAAAAUUUAAAGCUCAAUAUAUAGUAUAUAUAUGUAAUUUUAUAUUUUAUUGAAUAUGUGUGUAUAUAAUGUGUGUAUAUUAGUGUGUGUAUAGUUUAGAAAUAAAAAUUUUAAAAUUAAAUUAGUGUGGGAAAUAAUUUUUUUUUGAGAUAAUAGUGUGAGAUAUAAUUGAUUAUAUAUAUAUGUAUGUAUAAUUUAGUAACUAAGUAACUUGUUACUAUUUUUAAUAACUAGUUAUAAGUAAUGAAAUAAUUAUUUUUGCAAUUUCGUUGUAUUUGUUUAUAUUGUAGGUUCGGUAUAAUUUUGUGUGUAGUGUAUUUGAGCUUGCAUUGAUAGGUAUAUACUUUAACUAACUUUUUCUUAUUAUAUAAUUAAUUAUCAAUGCAUGUUAGUUGAGUUUGAAUAUCUUAAAUAUUCAUCCGUAGUGAAGUAGGUUCUGCGAAUACAUGUACUGCGGUCGGAUGGGUGGAUAAAUUUUGUAUUGGUUAUCUGUUUUGUUUGUUAUUUUAGGCACUUUUAAAAUUUUUGGGAACGUCCAAUUACAGCCGUUGUGCUGCCGAAAUUUCGGUAGAAUUAGGAUAAAUCUUACUAAAAAAAUAUUAAUAUUUACAUCACCCAAAGAACUAAUUAGCUAUAACAUAGUAAUAAGAUGUUAGGUCACUAAAAAAUAAUCUAACCAUUUGUUAUGUUAGCUUACUAAUCUAGUGAAAAUGGUGACCUUAAUUUUAAAAUUUCUUUCAAAAUUGGAAUCAAACAUGCCCAAAAAUUCAUCUUUGCCAUAACUAAUAAAAAAAAUAAAAAUAAAUCCCAAUAUCAUUUCAAUCAUCUUCUUUUUGGGUAUAAUUGAUGACCAUUGUAAUGAUUAGCUACAUGGUCCACAACAUGUUUAACACUUUACUAAAAUCACAAUCCUUAAGCUAAAAGUCAUUCAUCAUUACACAUAAUAAUAGUAAUAAAAAAAAAGUUACUUUAAUUUUGGAAGAAGAAUACAAAUGCAAUAACAGAUAAAAAUAAUAAAAGUAAAUUAAAGCAAAAAACACAUUUCUUAUGCUUAAAUCAUUGAUUCAUUGUUCUGUUAACCUAAAAUAGAAACCCAAAGAAAUCGAACGAGACUUACUUCCAUUAACAUACUCCAACUCGGGAAUGACUUGAUAUAUAGCUUACUUUAUAUUGUGGUUGUGAAUGCUCCUAAAUCAUUAACAUAUUGUUUAUGCUUUUAAUAUUUCAUAUACACUACUUGUUAUAUAUAUAGCUAACUUUGAAGUUUGUUUGUUAAUGGUGUAGACAUGGCGAACUCGGAAUCAGGAUCUGAUUCGGGAGCAGAAAAUGAGUGUCCAACCACAAUACCUACACGAGGGCCGACGCAAAUGAAUGAAAUAUCCAAACUAAUGGAUCAGGGCAAAAGAGUGGCCCUCGAAGUUAAUGAUAAAAGUCAAUACUGUGGAAAAAGCUAUGCGAAGCUCGUAUCCACUCUAGGAGUCAGAUGUCGGCAGACAAUAGGGUUGGCCUAUAAAAACUGGAAAGAAGUCAACCCGACUCUGAAAAAUAAAGUUUGGAAAGACAUUCAGACGGGGUUCAUUGUGCCGGACACCUUCAAACAUGAUUGUCUCAUCCUAGCUGGGAAGUUAAUGAAAGACUUCAAGAAUAGGAUGACAAAAGACAUCAUAAUGCCCGCGUUGAAAGAGAAUGAUCUGGGACGACUGGCACAAGUCCCUGAAAAGCACCCCGAGAUCGACGCUGCUGAUUGGUGCAAAUUUGUUGAAAGUCGACUAACUCCUGAAUUUCUAGUUCGCUAAUUAUAUUAACACUAAGAUAAACUCUUAAAUAAACGUACAUGUAUCUAAUGUAUUUUUUUGGCAUUAUAGGAAUUGAGUAAGGUGCAACGUGAACGUUCCUCAAAAAUUCAAUCCAGACAUCGAAGUGGUCGGAGUGGAAUGGUGAACGUACGGGAAGCUGUGGUAAGUAAGGCUUAAAAUUUAAUGUGCUAUACAAUUUAAUUGGUACUAAUUUCAUUGUUAUAACGCUAUGUAGAAAAAGGACCUCGAAGUUGCAGAUCCCCCCCGCCACCGUGUUUGGAUUAAAUCUCGCACCAAGAGUAGAAAACUUGUCACUGAUUACGACAAGGAAAUUGCAGAGAAGAUAGUAAGUAUAUAUUAAUCGUUAAUUGAGUUCUACUCAUGAGUUAGUGUAUAUAAUUCAUAUACUAAUUGCUUGAAUAUAUGCGUGCAUUAGGCUCAAUUAGAGGAGAAGCUUAGUCAGGGACAAAUUCAGGUCCAGGGCCAAAACGAUAUCCUGACGCAGGCGCUCGGGACACCAGAGCAUCCUGGACGUGUCAGGGCUGCUGGGUAUGCUAUUACUUCAAAUGUUAUUUAUUUAGUUACACAAAUAAAAUCGUUGCUAAU